UGUCAGAUAUAAUGGAGAAAACGCUGAACUCUGUAACGAACUUUUUCACGGGGAACUUUGGUCCGAGAAAUUUUGAUAUUUCUCCAGGUUUUGCCAACCUGAUACGUACUGUGACUCGAUCGAGCAAAGUGGAAACUGACAGAAUCAUUGAAAAGGAGAUUGACCUUCUGAAAAAGAAACUUGCUCAACCUGACAAUGGAGUGCAUAAAGUCAAGGAAUACCUUGUGCGCCUCCUGUACUGCGAGAUGCUGGGCCACAACACCACCGCGUGUCAUAUCCACGCUGUUAAGCUAUCGCAACAGGCAAGCCUACAAGAAAAGCGGAUUGGUUACCUAGCAAUAUGUAUGCUUUUGCAUGAAGAUCAUGAGCUGUUGGUACUGAUGGUCAACACAUUCCAACGGGAUCUUAAGAGCAGUAACUUCCUGGAAGUUUGCAUGGCACUGACAGCUGUCUCCUACUUGGGAACAGCAGACAUGACACCAGUGCUUCUACCACUCAUUCAGAAGCAUAUAUCACACUCAAGGGAUGUUGUACGGAAGAAGGCUGUGAUGGCGCUGUUUGCAUUCUACCGCAAAUCACCAAUGCUAAUGGUCCAGAGUCAUGACUUAUUCAAGAAAGCUCUGUGUGAUUCCAAGCCAACUGUAAUGACAGCCGCGCUACAUGUGUUUAAGUUCUUCAUAAAGGAGAAUUCUGAAAAAUACAAAGAUAUUGUGCCAAGCCUCGUGAAGAUCUUACACCAGAUAGUACAUCAUAAACUACACCAAGACUUUGACUAUCACAACAUCCCUGCCCCCUGGACACAAAUCAGCAUACUUAAAAUGAUGUCAGUGUUGGGCCAAGGAGACGCACAAACUAGUUCAUUGAUGCAUGAUGUGUUGUGUGAUGUUCUCCAACAGAGCAAGCAUUCCAGCUCUAUAUCUUAUGCUUUACAAUAUGAAUGUAUAGUUACCAUAACAAGAAUAGAAUGCACACAAGAGAUGCUAGAGGAAUGCUCACUAUGUAUUGAUAAAUUCCUCAAGUCUGCUAAUCAUAAUCUCAAAUACUUGGGUGUCAAUGCUCUGAGUUGUAUUGUUCAGGUAGAUCCAACUAUUGCUAGCAAACAUCAAAUGGUGGUUAUUGAUUGUCUUAAUGAUCCAGAUAAUACCAUACAAGUCAAGACAUUGGAACUGUUGUAUAAGAUGUGCAAUAUGACUAAUGUUGAUGUCAUCUGCAACCAGUACUUGGAAUACCUGCAAACCAAUAAGGACAUCUACAUUAAGAAAAACCUACUACAAAGAGUUCUAGAAAUGGCAUCUAAGUAUGGACAGAAGGGCAUAUGGUACAUAGACACUGUAAACCAAGUGUUACUGAUGGCAGGCAAUAUGCUGGGCUCAGAAGCUAGGAACCAAAUUAUUACACAAAUAAAAGAUAUAGGCCGUUGGAGUGAUGCUGACAGUGUACACACUCAAGCUCUUCAUUUGUACUACAAAUUACUGUCUGCACCUAUACUUUCAGAAGCCCUGCUUCAGAUCGCUGUGUGGGUUGUCGGAGAGUUUUGGCAGCCUGAGUUUGGCGCCCCCGCACAUGAAGUGCUUGAUAUGUUUUGCAAAAUUUUAAAAUCAUGUUCAGAUGACAGCACACAAUCUGGUUGGCUGGUGACCUCGAUGGGAAAGGUUCUUUGUAAAUCAGAAAUUCAGAAGAUUCCUGACGAUUUGGAGAUUAGAACGAGUGAUAGCAAUGUAGAAACCAGACAGAGAAUAUUUGAAUUGAAAGAACUUUGCCAAGAUGUUGAACUAUUUGAAAGUGUAAAUGUAUCAUCAACUCAACAAUACCUUAAGGAGGUAGAUAGCACUCUGUCAUUCUUAGAUGAGUAUGUUAGCGAUGCAUUGGAGGAAGGGGCUACCCCCUACAUACCAAGACAACAGCGACACACUGAACCAAACAGAAAAGUUGUUGUUGAUACUCUACUUGGUGGUCUUAAGUUUGAACCAUAUCAAAGUCCCACCACAUCAGUUGCUAGCACCACUACAUCACCAAAAAGUUUCAACACAGCUGAGAGAAUUUCAACACAGGAAUCUGAUAGCUCAUCAAAGCAUCUUGAAAGUACUGACAACUUAGAACUCAAAGGUAUUAAGCAAGUCUGGAGCAAGGAAGGCUAUGUAAAGAAAAAGUCUGGAAGGAAGACUAGUGUAGAUGAUGAAACAAAAACUGAAGUUUCCAAUCAAGAGUCCUCAUUCUUGCCACCGAUGUCCAAAACCAAGCACAAAGCCCAGCCUGUGAUGAGCAUGGCCUCUGCAGCAGCAGUCACAGCCGAGGCAUCAACAGUUGAUCAUGAAAAACAAACAUUAGCAAAUAAACUCUUUCGAGGAAUUGGCAACCAAGACGUCCAAACUAAAUCUUCACCAGGUCGUGACCGUUUAUUGGAUAUUGGCAACCAUGGUGAUGAACAGUUGCUCAGCGAUGAUGUUGUUGCCAUGACAACCAAAGAUGAUUCAGAUCUUUUUGAUUUAGUGGACAUUAAAACUUUUAAUAAUUUAAAUCACAGAACUAUUGACCUAAAUGCUCUGCAAUUGAAUGAUCAAACAGAUACAUUACAUGAUGUAACUAAGGGAUCACAUGACUUGUCUUUGAUAUCACAUGAUUUGAUUGGUGAAUCACAUGAUGCUAGUGGUAUAUCACAUGACAUUGGUAGAAGACAAAUUGAUAGCUUCAUGAGCAUGGCCUCUGCAGCAGCAGUCACAGCCGAGGCAUCAACAGUUGAUCAUGAAAAACAAACUUUAGCAAAUAAACUCUUUCGAGGAAUUGGCAACCAAGACGUCCAAACUAAAUCUUCACCAGAUCGUGACCGUUUAUUGCAUGUUGGCAACCAUGGUGAUGAACAGUUGCUCAGCGAUGAUGUUGUUGCCAUGACAACCAAAGAUGAUUCAGAUCUUUUUGAUUUAGUGGACAUUAAAACUUUUAAUAAUUUAAAUCACAGAACUAUUGACCUAAAUGCUCUGCAAUUGAAUGAUCAAACAGAUACAUUACAUGAUGUAACUAAGGGAUCACAUGACUUGUCUUUGAUAUCACAUGAUUUGAUUGGUGAAUCACAUGAUGCUAGUGGUAUAUCACAUGACAUUGGUAGAAGACAAAUUGAUAGUGAGCAAGUUGAUAAAGAUAUAUCUAGAAAUAAAGAUGUUCUAGAGAAUUUAAAUUCUGAUGCAAUAUAUAAUAUAGAGCAGGCCCUACAAACUGCUAUGCCAAGAGCUCAAUCGCGAGUACGUGCAAUAUCUCCAAACAAGGUAUUAAUGACAGCUACAAGCAAUGAUACGCCAAAGAUGAAGUCGUUAUUAGAUGAUGACGAUGAGGUUACACCAAUAAUCCCAGAAUCCCUCCGUGCUUUUCCUUCAUCAUCCACACAAGAUGAGUUAUGCAUGAAUGACAUUGCGUCAUUAAGAAUGUGUCGUGUCUGGAAGCCAGAUUAUUUUGUAAUCGUUUUGUUUCUGAUAAACAAAAGCAGAAGUCAUAAAGUGACUGAUGUUUCUAUUACACUCAACUCUCCUAGUAACCUUAAGUGUUCUAUAGAAGACCAAGAAAUAAGUAAAUGGAGUUUAGACAGCUUACCCCCUACUUCAGUAGAAAAUAUAGCUGUACAUUUCAAGCAUAAAUCCCCAUCAUUAAACAUGAAUCUAGGGGGUCAGCUGUGUUUCCGGGACAACAGUCAGACGUUACAGAGACUGUUUUUUUCUACUGACAUUACAUUGCGGGAUUUCAUAAGGCCGGCGACUCUAACCACUGAGGAAUUUGGUAAAAUGUGGCAGAGCCCAAUGCUUCAAAGUAAGAUAAGCCUUGAGAAAGGUAAAUUCAAAAGCAUUGAGCAGGUGUUGGAGGUUACAAGUUCCAGACUUCGUUUCCACCAGGUGGAAAUCUUGGAUGACAUGCCUUUAAUUUCAGAUCAAGAAGCACUAGCAUCAGGGUCAAUAUUAGACUCCACUCCAUGCUUACUACAUGUCAAGUUUGAUGCAAAAUCCUUCCAGCUGUGGUUCAGAACAACUAGCAAACUUCUAGCAGAGUGUCUGGUCCAGGAGGCUAAGAAACACUUCAAGUAAUCAUUAAUCUCAAAAAAUAUCAUCUGUUUCCAUAAAGUAAACAAAUAAUUGAGCUAAUUAAGUACACAGAUAAUUUUCCUAUUAUAUAUCUUUUAAAGCCAUGUCCAGACUAUUAAUUUUUACUUGACAAGAACAUGUGACAUCCCUAAAUAUGGUCAUGAUGACAUCAUCAGGCACAUUAUGGGCAUACCGUAGCGGCUAUUGGCACUGCACUGCAGCAGUGCGGAAAAAUGCUGCUGUUUUCUAUCGGCACUGCCGCCAAAAUACUGCAGUUUUUUAUCGCAUAAAUUUAGGCCUAAAUAUGACCCAUGACACAGUAUUUGUUAAGAGUGCCUUGGGAAUUCCAAUUUAAAAUUCCUACUUCAUAUUAUUGCGAAAAAAGCACAUUGUAGACCUGUAAGAAAAUGUAAAAUCAAACUAUUUGUGUUAUUAUAUGUAUUCGGUCAGUUGAUGUUAAUAGUUUGGUUUUAUUCGGCUUUAUACAAGUGCGACACGAAAAAUAGAACAUCAUGAAGCACUUU